AAUACUAGAGCUAUCAAUCGAUAUUAAUUAUAAAUAACUUGACUGUCUUCGGUUCAAUUGAUUGUUCACUCUAAACAAAAUGAAAUUUUUACACAUUUUAACCCUUUUGCUGGUGGCUUUAGUAGCCUAUACCUCAGCCCAAAGAUGUGUCGGCAGACCACGUAAUCCUUCCUGUACUGGUGCCCGCAAUGUUGGUCGUCGCGGUCGCGGUUGUACUCCUCGUACAAUGUGGCAUUAUGAUGCUCGUUCCCGUAAAUGUCGUGAAUUGCGUUAUUUGGGUUGUGGUGGCAACAACAAUCGCUGGUGUACUCGUGCUGCCUGUGAACAGAGAUGUCGUCGUCGUUAAAAUCUAGAUCCUUGAGAAUAUUUUUAUGAUUUUGUGGUUUUAAAUAAAAAAACAAUAUUUUAGAAAAAUUUAA